AUGGUUGUAGAAGAGUUGAUCAUUGAUGGCUUCAAAUCAUACGCUACACGUACAGUGAUAUCUGGAUGGGACCCACAGUUUAAUGCCAUCACCGGGUUGAAUGGAUCGGGGAAAUCCAACAUUCUUGAUGCCAUUUGUUUUGUUCUUGGGAUAUCAUCCAUGACAACAGUUAGAGCCUCAAAUCUACAAGACUUGAUCUAUAAAAGAGGCCAAGCAGGUGUUACUAAGGCGAGUGUGACCAUAGUGUUUGAUAAUAGCGAGGUGUCCAAGCUGCCAAUUGGAUUUGAAAGCUGUAGUAAAAUAAGCGUCACUAGACAAAUUGUAUUGGGAGGCAAUUCCAAGUACUUGAUUAAUGGUCAUAAGGCACAACAACAAACGGUGUUAAAUUUGUUUCAAAGUGUUCAAUUAAACAUCAACAAUCCGAACUUCUUGAUUAUGCAAGGAAAAAUCACCAAAGUGUUAAACAUGAAGCCAAGUGAAACAUUACUGUUGAUUGAAGAGGCAAGUGGGACGCGUACUUUUGAAGAUCGACGGUUAAAGGCCGAGAAAACUAUGCAAAAAAAGGAUCAGAAAUUAAAGGAAAUCAGGACCCUUUUGGAUGAAGAAAUUAAACCUAAAUUGGAUAAGUUGAAGCACGAGAAAAGUAUUUACAUGGAGUUUCAAGAGGUUCAAACUAAAUUAGAGAAGAGUACAAAGAUCUUAUUGGCAUAUAAUUAUCAACAUUACUUGAAUAGAUUCAAUCAUGAAUCUCAAUUGCUAAAUGAGAAUGAAGAAGAGGAAAGAAUAUUGAAUGAUUUAACCAACAGACUUACUUCCGAAAUAUCAUCUUUAAAAGAUGAUUUAGCAGUCUCAAAGAAGAAGCGUGAACAAGAGAUGAUUAAGGAUGGGAAAAUUAAACAGUUAGAGGCAAAGGAAAACGAAUUGUCUAAUAACUUAACCAGAGCUACAACCUCAAAGGAUAUUAUAAAUGACAACAUUAAAGAAGAAAUGAAAUCUUUGGAGAAAUUAAAGGAAAAGUUAAAGUCUCUUUCUGACAAAGAGUCUUCAAAUUUAGAAUCUUCUUCCUUAGAGGAUGCUUAUAAGAGAUCAAAGGAACAAUUAAUUCAGUUGAAAGAUGACUACAAUAGAAAGGAAGAGUUAUUAUCAACUUUGUCAACAGGUGUCUCCUUAGGAGGUGAAGGAGGUUAUUUAUCCCAAGUUAAGGAUGCUAAAGAGCGCCUAAAUGAGUCUCAAAAUAAAAUUCAAAGUGGUCAUAUGAAAAUCGACCAUUUAAGAAAUCAGUUACAGUCAAACCAAGAGAGACUUCAUCAAGCAAAAGCAGAAAAUCAAAAUGUACUACAAAAAAUUGAAAACGACAAGGUUUUCAUUCAAAAGAAGGAAAAUGAAUUGAAAGCUAUUGGUUAUGAUCAUGAGCUAUUCCAACAGUUAAAAUCCGAAGAUUCGUCUUUAAAUGACCAAUUACGUGGACUCAAUCAACAGUUAAGUCUUGUGAAGAGAGAAUUAAACAACAACAAUGUGAAUUCAAGUAAUUUAGAGUUCCAUUGCAAUCUACCUCAUUUAAAUUCCAAGCUAGUUAAAGGUAUUGUUGCUUCCUUGUUUACUUUGACCGAUUUGGAGAAAGCAUUUGCUUUACAAGUUUGUGCUGGGGGACGGUUAUAUAACGUAAUCGUUGAUAAUGCCAGUAUUGCACUGGAUAUCUUGGAGCGAGGUCAGUUAAAGAAGAGAGUUACCAUUAUUCCAUUGGAUAAAAUCCAAUCAAGACUGCUUGACACCCAAAUGGUUGAAUACGCUAAACUGCUUCGUCCUCAGAAGGUGGAUUUGGCAUUAAACCUUAUUAAGUUUGAGGAUGAACUUCAUAAAGCCAUGGAAUACGUUUUUGGUACAACUUUUAUAGUGAAAGAUCCAGAAGCUGCCAAAACCAUAACUUUUGAUCCAAAAAUAAGAAGUCGUUCUAUUACACUUGAUGGUGACAUCUAUGAUCCCGAAGGUAACUUAUCUGGUGGUUCCAGAAAGAAUUCGACGGCUAUUUUGGUUAUAAUUCAGAAAUACAAUAAGAUUAUUCAAUCCAUUGGUCAAAUUGAACAAGAAUUAGCUUCUGUUAGGAAUAAGCUACAAGGUCUUUCAGCUUUGAGUAUGAAAUCACAACCGUUGAUACAAGAGAUUCAAUUAAAACGUCAUGAGUUGCAAUUAGCUCAGAAGAUGUUAGAAAGCAACCCAUCUGCUCAAAUUGUGAAACAAUACGAGACCAUAGAGAAGGAAAUAGCCAAUAUUGAACAAGAAGUAGAGAGAGAGAAUUCAAAUUCAAUAGCUAUUCAAAAAGAGAUUGCAUCAAUUGAGAAAGAUAUGAGCGAGUUUAAUUCCAAUAAGAAGGGAAAAUUGAAACAAUUAACCAAGGAAGUUGCUCAACUAAAGGUACUUGUACAACAAAAGGAUUCCGAGGUGAAUGAAACCCUUGAACGAUUCCAGAAUAUUCAAAUGGAAUUAGACCUGGUAGCUAAUGAGCGGAAGGUACUUGAAGAUUCGAUUGCGAAUGGGGAAAGUACCAUUGCAGACCUAAAUACCAAAUUUGAAGCAACAACGAGCUCAAUAGCACAAUAUACAGAGGAAUUGAAAUCGGUUCAAGGCAUUUUAGAGGAAGAGAAGGCAAACUUAUUUGGUAUAACUGAAGAAAUUCUGGAAUUAACCAAGAUCAUCAAAGUGAAAGAGGAGGAGAUGGGUGAAGCCAAGUUGAAUCUUCAGAAAACACAUCAUGAACUUGAAAAGCUUAAAGGAGCCAUAAAACAUGUUAAACGAAGUUUAGAUGAUAUGAUUGGAGAAAAUGAUUGGAUUACUGAUGAUCGAGUUGUUAGUACUAUAAUCCAACAAAAUCCAAAUGCCAACGUUCACGAGAUUAAAGAGCAGCAACAAGUACUUCAAGAUAGAUUUCAAAACAUGAGAAGAAAAGUUAACAGUAAUAUCAUGAACAUGAUUGAGAAUGUGGAGAAUAAGGAAACAGCAUUAAAGACAAUGGUCAGAACUAUUGGUAGAGAUAGAACCAAGAUCGUUAAUACUAUUGAAAAGUUGAAUGGAUACAAGAGAGAUACAUUGAAUAAAACAUAUAAAAGAGUCUCGACUGAUUUUGGGAAUAUUUUUGCAGAUUUAUUACCUGGGUCGUUUGCUAAAUUGGUUCCAGUUGACGAUGAGGAUGUUACUAAAGGGUUAGACAUCAAGGUUAAAUUAGGACAAGUGUGGAAAGAGUCACUUGUUGAGCUUUCUGGAGGUCAAAGAUCAUUAAUUGCUCUUUCACUUAUCAUGGCACUUCUUCAAUUCAAGCCGGCACCGAUGUAUAUUUUGGAUGAAGUUGAUGCAGCCUUGGAUUUAUCUCAUACACAGAAUAUCGGACAUCUUAUUAAGACAAGAUUUAAGGGUUCACAGUUCAUUGUUGUUUCAUUAAAGGAAGGAAUGUUCACCAAUGCCAACCGAGUAUUUAGAACUAGGUUCCAAGACGGUACGUCAGUAGUGUCUGUCAUGUAA